UAUGUGUGUGAGGUGGUAUGGUUGCAAUUUUGGCCACAGGUGGCACCUCGCACGACACUUGUUUCAAUGGCUCUUCAGCUUCCACCGCUUGCUGCUUCUGUUAGGCGCUUCAACUCAAGCGUCUGCUCGCUCCCUGCACGUAAAGUUAGUACCUUUGCUUCUCUGUCACCACCCCCAAGCAACACACCCAACUGGGUCGAAGCAACUUCCACUUUCUUCGACCAAGACAAACGACCCAUCAUGUUGUUUGACGGAGUAUGCAACUUGUGCAACGGGGGUGUCAAGUUCGUUCGUGAUAACGAUCGAAACAAGACAAUUAGAUAUGAACCUCUUCAGAGUGAAGCGGGUAAAAUGUUACUUAGGAGAUCAGGAAGAGCUCCUGAUGAUAUCUCAAGUGUUGUACUUGUUGAAAAGGACAGAUCCUACAUUAAGUCAGAAGCUGUGCUGAAGAUAAUGGAAUACAUAGACUUGCCCUUUCCACAGCUAGCAAUUCUUCUUCAAUUUGUGCCUCUGUUAAUCAGAGAUUUUGUUUAUGACAAUGUUGCAAACAACCGAUACCUCAUUUUUGGUCGAUCGGAAUCGUGUGAAAUAUAGCAUCAUCCUGGCAUCAGUACUGAAGAUGAUAGUAACAUGCUAAGUUUAAAAACUGGGGUUCUUUAUAGUUGAAGUCAGAUCAUGUUGUCCUCAAAUCUUUUGAUGUUUCGUACACCACUGUAUAGAAACUAUACUUAUUGUUUUACUAUUUGAUAGAAGAAGAGAAGAGCAUCAAUUUAUAAUAAUAUUUUCUGUCCCAGAUGACUUUGCGAUGCAA